UCUUUAUUGUUGCUCGCCCUUUCAUUUACAUUGCAAUUUCCUCUUGCAUUUAUUUUAUAAAAAAGAUUAACCUUUUGAUUCUGUCACAGGUAGACCAGCUUCUGGUUCAUCAGCAGGUGGAGUUGUUGGAAGUCUUAACGGGAUUUGAGACCAACAACAAAUAUCAGAUUAAGAACAGUCUUGGCCAACUGGUCUACUUUGCUGCUGAAGAAAAUGACUUCUGCAAUCGAAAUUGCUGUGGAAACCUACGUUCCUUUGACAUGAAGAUCCUUGACAACUUAGGACAGGAAGUGAUAAAUCUGUACCGUCCCUUGAGAUGUGCCGGAUGCUGUUGCCCAUGCUGUUUGCAGGAGAUGGAAGUGAAGGCUCCACCAGGUGAGCCAAUUGGAUAUGUUGUCCAAACGUGGGAUCUAUGUCUGCCAAAAUUCACCAUUCAAAAUGAUAAGAAGGAGCCUGUACUGAAGAUUAUUGGUCCUUGCUGUAUCUGCAACUGUUGUAAUGAUAUUGAUUUUAAGGUUACUAAUCUUGAUGAAAGUGAAACAGUUGGUAAAAUCUCAAAGCAGUGGACUGGACUCGCAAGAGAAGCUUUCACAGAUGCCACUAACUUUGGGAUCCAGUUCCCCAUGGAUUUGGAUGUUAAGAUUAAAGCAGUUAUGCUGGGUGCCUGUUUUCUCAUUGAUUACGUGUUCUUUGAGAGAAAUGAAUGAACAAGGAUCUGACUAUGGAACUAUCUCUUAGAUUGAAACCAAUAAAAGAUUGUUAAAGGACAUUUUAACUCUUCCACCUUCACUGAAGAUGCACUAAUGAUGGCUCUUCUUCAUGGUUUAAACCAUGCUGAAAUGUUGCUAACAUGCAAAGUUACUUGAUAUUGAACCUACUGGACUUCCAAAGGCUGUGACGUCUUUGACUGAUGCUGAAAGGAGUAAUAAUUUUAGAUGCAGUGCAAAUGCUUGAGCUGCUACAUCUUUUCUGCUUAAAGGACAACCAAUUUUUCUGUUUGUGGACUGAAAUGGACUUAAGUUAGUACAAGUGAGUAACCUGCAUAAUAAUGGAUUGCUGUCUCCCUUGACAUGUUGUUUCCACUGGGCACACCCCACAGGCAAUGCUCCUCAGCAGGAGUGGGAAAGCUAAAAACAUAUCCUGGAAUUCUAUACCUGGUGGAAAGUUUAUCUGUUUGAGAAAAAAGAUGUGACGCACACAACAGAACUCUCGCUUUCCAGCUAUUCCAAACAAAAAAGAAAGAAGUAUUGCAGAAUGUCAUUCAGGGAACCAAUUUGCGAUAGAAUAUAACAUAUAUUUUUGAAUAGCAUAAUUCAUUUAGAAUACAGUAUAUUUUCAAACAAUAAUAUAUAUCUGCACAGUCUCUGAUCAAAUGUGCAAAUGUUGUUUAUGAACAGAAGUCUUUUGUUUACUCCAACGGUUAAUAGAACUUGUGAGAAAUUGACUUUCUGUACUGAAUAUUCCUCUAUUACAUCAAGAUGUCAUUAAAUCAAUAAAUACA